AUGCAGAGAACUUAUUUUCUCUUCGCAGGAGCCUUGGUACUGUUGCACUUUAUAACAACUAGCUCAGCUGGCGCAAGUAUUGCCAACAACCGAAACAACACAAUCGAUCUGAAUGCACUUCUAGCCUUCAAAUCCACAAUUUUCGAUCCCCAAAGGAUCAUCCCAACCAACUGGUCCACUUCUUCCUCUGUUUGCAACUGGAUUGGAAUCACUUGUAACACUCGCCAUCAAAGAGUCGCAGCCAUCAACCUUUCUUACAUGGGAAUUGCGGGAACCAUACCUCCACAAUUGGGAAAUCUUUCUUUCCUAGUCUGGCUAAGUGUUAGAAAUAACAGCUUUCAUGGACAUCUUCCAACCGAGCUAUCUCGUCUGCGCCGAUUGAAGUACAUCAACUUGGAAGGUAAUGCCUUUGAGGGAGAACUUCCGUCAUGGUUGGGAUGUUUGAGUGCACUCUGGUACAUCAACUUCGAAUACAACAGAUUUUCCGGUUCAUUAUCAGGCAGGCUCUCUAAUUUCACAAAGUUAGAGACCAUCAGGUUGGGUAUUAACUUCUUUACGGGAAGUCUUUCAGAAGAAUUCAGCGCUCUACCGAAAUUCAGAGUUUUGGAAAUUGAAUAUACCCAACUUGCAGGCCCUCUGCCACAGGCUCUGUUUAACCUCUCCUCAUUGCAAAAGAUUGGUUUUACGAGUAAUAGCUUAUCGGGUUACCUUCCAGCACGUAUCUGCGAUUAUCUCCCACAACUCCAAGAGCUUUACUUAUCACGGAAUUACUUUGAAGGUGAAAUUCCAUCAGGCAUUGGAGAAUGCUCAGGACUCCAAUUUUUAUCCUUGUCUUACAACAAAUUCCGAGGAUAUAUACCAAAUGGAGUUUGGAAUCUAACCACGCUUACAGCAAUAGAUUUGGGUGAGAAUGACCUGACAGGUGAAAUUCCAAAAGUCAUUGACAAUCUCUAUAAUUUGGAGCUACUAGGCAUAAGGAGUGCUAAUGUGACAGGUAUAACAUAA